AUGUCCUCUCGUUCCCCGACGGCGACGCUUGACGAUGAGGACGCAGUGGAGGAAGAGGUAAAAGAAGCACGAUUGGAGCUGCAACAUAGAGUGGGAAAUGGACCGUUGAAUGAAGAUAUCAGUACGGAAGGUUCAGCUAAAGAUGAACUUACAGAAAGUAAUUGGAAGGCAGAGGCUUCAGGGGAGAAUGACGAGAGCCCUUCGUACUCUGUCUGGAGGAAUGUUUCGGAGGCUGAAGAACUCGAGCGGCCUUUGAGUCCGAGCAGCAGCGGCUAUGCGGGCGAGAGAGGCAGCACCAGUGGGGGUUGUGAAAUCAAUGAUGAUGACGAAGAUAGUAAUGAGAUUCUCGAGGUGCAAAGUGGUGGGGAUUUGGGGUCCCAUGCACAGUGGGUUUCUGGGAAACGCCAUCCUCAUGAGGAUGAUGCUUCAGUUUCUUGGAGGAAAAGGAAGAAACACUUCUUUAUCUUGAGUAACUCAGGAAAACCCAUUUAUUCGAGAUAUGGGGAUGAGCACAAGCUAGCUGGGUUCUCUGCAACUUUGCAAGCCAUAAUUUCCUUUGUCGAAAAUGGGGGUGACCGGGUCAAAUUGGUGCGAGCUGGUAAUCACCAGUGUUCGCUGUCGAAAAGGACGAAAUUUGACAAACACUUUAUCCCCUACUGCAAACUCCACGUCUCUACGAUGUUUAUUCGCUUCCCGAAUCAUGCUUUGUUGAGCACGUUCCAGGUGGAACCGCAAAUGGCGCAAGACCUCAUCCCUGUCCCGAAGAUCCUCUACUAA